UCGUAUAACUCGUCUUCGUCGUACCAAUUUCGUACACAUAACCUCUGAAUUUUAAAUAGAAAAGUUUAAUGUUAAUUUUUUAGUAUACAGUUUAUUAUAAUACAUUGUUCAUUUCCUAUUUGACAAAAGUUACCAAACGUUUGGUUAAGAAAUUAGACUAAAUAAUUGCGUUUUCACUGCUGAGGGUAACAUAAAGGUCUACCGGUUUUUAGUUCAAUUGUAUUUUUAAGGUGAAAGUUACUUAAUUUACAUCAAGAUGUCUGCUGCUAUGCCAAUAAAUCCAAAACCAUUCCUUAAUGGUCUCACAGGAAAAGCAGUCAUAGUAAAACUAAAAUGGGGCCACGAAUAUAAAGGCUACCUUGUUUCGGCUGAUGGAUAUAUGAAUUUACAAUUGGCCAAUACUGAAGAAUAUAUUGAAGGAAAACCUACAGGUACCUUAGGGGAAGUACUUGUCAGGUGUAACAAUAUUUUAUAUAUCAGAGGUGCGGAGGAUGAUGAUGAAGAGGGAGAAAUGAGGGAAUAACAUGUAGUUUUUUGUGUAUAAGUUAUAGUUUAAUCACACUCAUACUUUCAUAUUGAAAUGUCAAAACAUUUUUUUAUUAUUUAUAAAUGUAUGGAUGAAACAAAGAACUUUGGUGUACUGUGUAGGUUUAAUAACUCUGUUGGUAACUGUUUAUAUGAUUAAUUAUUUUGAAAAUAUAAAAUAUGUUCAGGCCUUAUCUUAACUAAAAUGUAAUAGUCCUUACAUACCCCUUUUCUUACCUAGUCUUAAGAAGAAGACAAUUUAAUAUGCAGAUAUGUAUUUGUAAUAUUUUAUAUGUAGAUUAAUUUUAGGUUAGGUAAGGUUGUAUUACAUUCAUA